UUGGCUGAGCGGCGUCGGUGGUUCUGGGGCUGCCCGCACGACGCCGGCCAGGAGAUCUCCGCCGGCUGCACCGGCGCCCGUGAGAGAGCCCCGCGGGCCGAGCCGGGCAACCUCGGAAAUCCUCCGUUACACGCCGCGAGCUCGGCAGGUUCAUGCCUUGGCAGAACGCAGGCAGUGAAAGAUUAUGAAGACGUUCCUGAGUCACUGAGACAAUGAAAGGCAGAAGCACUGUGCAGAGCGUGUGUGGUGGUGGCACUGGGAUAUUUAGUUUCUCCCAGGUGAUUUAAAGGCUUUGGACUAGAAUUCUGAUUUAGAACAAUGGCAAGAAACUGAGCUGAUUAACUAGCUCGGUGUCUGGAAAACUGCUUUGGGGGAAAGAGAUGUCACGAAGAAGGAACAUACUGCAGUCUGCUCUGUUAACUUCAUGGGAAAAGAGGUUAAGAGGAAACUUUUAAAAGAAAAUAGAGUUUUUCCAGACUGACGCUGAGGACUUGGCAAGAAACCACAAAAUGUCUCCUGAUUCAAAAAAACUUUUCAACAUAAUUAUUUUGGGAGUCUCAUUUAUGUUUAUAUUCACUGCUUUCCAAACAUGUGGAAAUAUUGCGCAAACUGUUAUCACAAAUUUAAACAACACGGAUUUUCAUGGCAGUGGCUACACGAGCAUGGCCAUUAUUUAUGGAGUAUUCUCUGCAUCAAAUCUUAUAUCACCAUCAGUGGUUGCGAUAGUAGGACCUCAACUCUCCAUGGUUGUUAGUGGCAUAUUUUAUAGUCUAUACAUUGCAGUUUUUAUCCAACCUGCUACAUGGUCUUUCUACACUGCCUCUGUUUUUAUUGGCAUUGCAGCUGCUGUACUCUGGACGGCACAGGGAAAUUGCUUGACUGUAAAUUCUAAUGAAAACACUAUCGGAAGGAACAGUGGAGUAUUUUGGGCACUCUUACAGUCCAGCUUGUUUUUUGGAAACCUCUAUAUAUACUUUGCUUGGCAAGGAAAAACUCGUAUAUCAGAGAGUGAUCGCAGAACUGUCUUCAUUGCUCUGACUGUUAUCAGUCUUGUGGGCACAGUUCUGUUCUUUCUGAUUAGGAAACAAGAGGACACAAAAGCUCCAGGGGAGGAAAAUUCUGCUAAUGAAAUCCUGGGGGACAGCUCGUCUGCACAAAACAAAAUGGCGAGAGCAGUGGCUGCCUUCAAGAAAUCUAUAAAGCUGAGCUUCACCAAAGAGAUUCUGCUUCUCAGUGUUACAACAGCCUACACAGGUUUGGAGUUAACGUUCUUUUCUGGAGUAUAUGGAACAUGUAUUGGUGCGGUGAACAGGUUUGGCAGUGAAGAGAAAAGCCUUAUUGGUCUCUCUGGCAUUUUUAUUGGUGUUGGAGAAAUUGUAGGUGGAGGAGUCUUUGGUUUACUGAGCAAGAACAAUCGCUUUGGCAGGAACCCUGUUGUGAUGCUAGGCAUCAUUGUCCAUUUCAUAGCCUUUUAUUUAAUUUUUUUCAACAUGCCAAAUGAUGCCCCUAUUGCUCCUAUGGAAGGAACUGAUGAUGUUGCUUAUAUGAUUCCAAGCAAAGAAGUGGCCAUAUUCUGCAGCUUUCUGUUGGGCCUGGGGGACAGCUGCUUUAACACCCAGCUCCUCAGUAUUUUAGGAUUCCUGUAUUCAGAAGACAGUGCUCCUGCCUUUGCCAUCUUCAAGUUUGUUCAGUCCAUCUGUGCUGCAGUUGCGUAUUUCUACAGCAACUACUUUCUUCUGCAAUGGCAGCUCCUGAUCAUGGUGGUUGUGGGCUUCUUUGGAACAAUUACCUUCUUUGCAGUGGAGUGGGAAGCAGCAGCAGCUCUUGUUACCCGUGGCUCGGACUACAGCAGCAUUUGAUCUAAGUACCAUACCUAGUCCAACAUAAGGAAAACCGCAGGCACGUUUAUUGUGAAGUGUUGCAAGAAGGUGAAAAGAUCAAGUCGCUGCAGAGGUUAAGAUGGAGGAAGCUACUACUAAAUCACCAUCAGCCUAACUGAAUGUGAAACAUGAGGGAAAAAAAAUGCCAAAUUUGAAAGGCUUUUUUCUUGCUUUAAUCAACUGAGCAUGGUAUGCAUGUUCUUAAAAAUCCAGUAGUAGAAAUGGAAGGAAAUGUAGAGAUCUAUGUAUUGAACGAUUCUGUUCUGAGAUGUAUGUUUCAGAAUGCAAUUGCCUAUCUUCACUCUACCAUAUACUCCAGAAUUACAAUUUCAUUUUUUCCCCUUAAAUUCUUUUUCCUAUAUUCUAGUUCCGCAGACACCUGAAUUCUUGUAUUGAAUGGGUGAUAUUUUUAUAAGGUACAUUAUAUCACAGAGUGUGUCUGCACAACUGCGAAAUCAAUUUGUCAUUGACUUUUUCAACAACUAGAUAUGUAGAAGUGUUUCUGUGGGAAAAGUUGCCUUCUGAUUCUGUAUCACCCAGUUCCUUGUUUCCCAACCAUUUGUUUAUUAAUCUAUUUCAUGUGCUUAAACUUUAUCAGAUGCAUUUUUUUUUUUUAAGAAAGUGGAUCCAGGCUGUAGUGUGAUACGAAAGAUUUUACAAGAAUUUGAAGAAAUUACCCUUAGCCAUCUUAAGGAUGCGAUCCUGAGAUCUGUGAAGUAUUGGUAAUUGAGAACAGUCUCCUGGUCCAGCAUCUCAGAAUUGAACUGUGUUCGCGUAGCUGCUGAAACUUUCUCAGGGUAAUGCUAUGUGAAGGACCAUAAGACAUGGCUUUCCUCCCAGAUUCCCAAAUAGUUCUUUUGAGUUCAAUGAAAUUUUCAUCACAAUCUGUCUACGAUACAGUUUAUCAAAAUACAAAUAGACUCAGAAUGUGAACUGUAAGAAUAAUCUUGCAGUGUUUAUUCUACAUAGUCUAAAAAUACCUGAAAUGCUUGACAUACGUUGUUUUAUUCGGUAUAUUUUGGGAAAACUGUACUGUAAUCUUACUCUGCCAAAUGCGAAAACAAGGAUACUAGCAUAGUAACUAAGUUUUAAUGCAAAACUGUAAUAGAUGAUGUAAUACAGGCAGUGAAUGCAACUUGCCUUGAUUUUAUCUAUGUGACUCUGUAGUACUUGCAGUUAUGUUUCUCUCUGGCAGGUGAACAAAUUGCAACCAAGAGCAGGUAUGGAACACUGAGAAGGUGUUUUUAGACACUCCACGUAGCUGUUUUUAGAAAAGUACCAUUUGCCAACCUCUUUUUAUGCACAGUCAGAAUGUUAAUGUCUUGUCUUUAAAGACAAUUAAAAAAAAGUCUAUACUCGAGUAUGUGUCAGUAUUUCCUGCAUGUCAUAACUAUGUAGGUGUACCCAAGAUUAAACUCAGUGAGGGCGUAUGGUAUCUCCUGUGAUGUUUGCUGUCACUUUUGCUCUCACAGAGCACGUAACACGCAACUCCCAUGAAGCACAGCCCUCUCCAUGCACAGUAAAGCAGCAGAGAGGGAUUAUUUUGCAGGCCCAUAGAAAGGGAUUUUUAAAUUCACUGCAGGUUUUUGCUCUGAGAUCAGUAAGGUGCUAAUGGGAGGAUGAGAGGGCACCUGAAUGUUUGGCAAGGAAAGAAAUCUGUGAGGACAGCCAGGAGAGAAAGCCUUUGUGUGUUCCCAGGAGAUUUAAUGAAUGAUGUAAAAGAGAAUGAGACACAACACACAUUUGAGCGAGGGGUUACCGAAGCCAUUCCAAUUUGUCAGACAAACUGAAAAAGCAUUCAGUAUUCAAUCAAUAUAUAUGAUUAAUGUGACUAGCAGCUUUGUAAUGCUCUCUCUUAUCCACUCCUGUUAUCCUGUAAUUUGAAGCAUACUAUUUUUAUAUACUGAGCACCAUAAAAGGUAUAGAUGAUAGGAUGCUGCCAGUGAUCAGAAUUCUCAUGUUGCGACACACUUGUGUUUUCUCCCAAGUACCAGAGGGAUAAAGAAGGUUUGGGUUUUGUUUUUUGUUUUUUUUUUAAGGUAGGGAAUUACUGACUUUUGUCUCCGAAUUCUUCCUGGAACCUGUUUUCCCCUAUGUACUGACAAGAGAAGGAAGACUUCACAAGCAAGUUCACAAGGAAGUUCACAAGGAACAAUUUUGUCCUGCAGUACAUUGGGGGGGAAAAUGAUUCUUGGGUCUUCUGGUGAUGAGUAACUUAUAAAUGCUUUUAAAACAAUGUCAUUUAAUUGUAGCUAGGUUAUGGGUCUCAUGAGGUUGCUUUUUAAAUUGAUCCAUUUUAAUGAUGAACUUCUGUGUUGUUCGUCUGCCAUAGGAGAAUUAGAUCAACUAUUUUAUUAGAAAUAAAAAAAAAUGGUAAGUUUAUGUAGUUUCAAAAAGUAUUUUGGGACUGAUUUUCAGGGUGGUGUGUUUUUUUUUUUUCUUUUUUUCUCUGUCCUGCUUGGUCUGAUUCAAUAUCAGAUAAUGUUAGAAGACUGUUCAGGACUGUUUAUUGGGCCAUUAAAGUGAAGUAGUUUUGCUCUGUGACAAGUUUUACAAGAAAUCAUGAAAUUCUCAAAACUGCAUCAUGAAUAGCCAGUUUUUGGGUUGGUUUUUUUUUUUUAUACUAUUAACUAUAUAAAGUAUUGCUUCUGACAUUUGAUCUUAAGAGACCAUUCUCGGUGAUUCAAGCUGAUGAUGACACAUGAUUACUUCUCACUUAUUCAUACUUCUUCGAUUUCUCUGGAGGUGAAAAAUCCACCCAGCUAUACACAAUUGCUAGUUCGAUCAAAAUUUUUUUGUAUAGCAAUAUAAAGAAUAGUAAUGCUGAUAUCCAUUUAUGAUUCCACCUCUUAAUUUUUAUCAGCAUUUACCAGCCCUGAGACUGCGCCCCAUUCGUUUCACCUCCUUGGCCUUUGAACAAUUUCAUGUUAAUCUGAAUUGGGAGUUUACUGUUGAAUUAA